CUGGCAAGAAACGAGACACUACUAGCCUAUUACUCCUCCCCUCCCAUGCAAAGUUGCAGCUUUCUCCCUUUCUCACACUUUUAAUAUGUUCUGUAACCAGCCUAAAGUUUUCCUCCUCAUCCAUGACGCUGGCCGUUGAUGGAACGAAGAGGUCGCUAGACCACCUAUAAAGCACAAUUGGGACUUCAAUGCCUGUGAAUAUUUUUAAAUCUCUUGAUUUUGGUUAGAUGAAAUAUGCAAUGUCCGCGGGUGAGCCAGGUUCUUUCUCUGCUACAUUCUGUUUUGUUUUUGGCAGCAAGCCAUGCCGAGUUCUCGCUGCCUGGCAGCCUCCUCUCUCCCGAUGCAGAAUCAGGUCGCUUUCUCCAGUCCCAGUCAGAUGUGUCCGUGGUCCAUCCAGUCAAAAUGUUCAGAGAUGGACAGUUUCUCUCCCACUCUCUGGUACACCGCUUUAAUCAUGGGCGGCAUAAACGAGACUUGGGGCUUCUGGAGGAACGCGUUUAUUAUAAGGUGAACUUCAAAGGUCGUGAUUUGGUUUUCAAUUUAACAGUCAACAAAUAUUUGGUGUCGAACGAUUAUAUUCUGGAGAGGCGAAAUGGGAGUGUGAACCGGACUGAGCACCGUACCACAGGUGAGAACGCGUGCCACCUGAUCGGCACGGUGACGGAUUCUACUAAUGAGCGCGGGACGGCCGCCAUCAGCACCUGUGAAGGCUUGAAAGGUUUGUUUACCUUGCCUGAGGGACCACAUUUCAUUGAACCAGUCCAGGGGUCAACUGAUGGUGCUGUGGAGGGGGAGGGACCAGAGCCCCAUGUGGUCUACCCCAGCAUUACAGCGGCAACGCAAAGACACAAACGCAGCUCUGAGGCCCUGGACACACCGAGCCCCUGUGGUGUCAAAGAUGCGGCACGUGAUUCCCUAGUGGUGGAAAGAGAAAGGGAGGACUGGGCGAGGGAGCAGCAGGAGGAGGAUAGGGAGAAAGAGGAGGAGACGGCACAGCAUCGCUCCCAACGCUCCGUCAGCAGAGAGAGGUGGGUAGAGACCAUGGUGGUGGCAGACUCUGAACUGAUUGAAUACCACGGCAGUGACAACGUAGAGUCUUACGUCUUCACCAUCAUGAACAUGGUGGCAGGGAUCUUCCAUGAUGCCAGUAUAGGGAAUUCCAUCCACAUCAUCCUGGUCCGUCUGAUCCUCCUGCAGGGAGAGGAGAAAGGGCUGAAGAUCGUCCACCAUGCAGACACCAGUCUGGCCAGUUUCUGUGCCUGGCAGAAGAACCUCAACCCACAGAGUGACACACAUCCUGCUCAUCAUGACGUGGCCGUGCUGGUCACCAGGAAAGACAUUUGUGCAGGGCUGAAUCGGCCAUGUGAGACCCUUGGUCUGUCCCACCUGUCAGGGAUGUGCCAGCCUCACCGUAGCUGCAACAUCAACGAAGACUCAGGAUUACCUGUAGCCUUCACCAUCGCACACGAGCUGGGACACAGCUUUGGGAUCCACCACGAUGGCCAGGGAAACGACUGUGAGAUGGAGGGCAGACACCCCUUCAUCAUGUCCAGACAGCUGAUGUACGACACCUCCCCCCUUACCUGGUCAUCCUGUUCCAAAGACUACAUCACACGCUUCCUAGACCGUGGUUGGGGCUUCUGUCUGGACGACCGUCCCUCGAAGAAGGAUCUGACCACCCCACUGGCCCGUCUCGGGAUUCGCUACACCACACAGCACCAAUGCCAACUACAGUACGGCCCCAAUGCCACCUACUGUCACGAGAUCAAUAAUGUGUGCCAGAUCCUGUGGUGUUCAGUGAAUGGGUCCUGUCGCUCUAAACUGGACUCCCCCAUAGAUGGUACUCGCUGUGGCCCUGAGAAGUGGUGUAUCUCGGGGGAGUGUGUGAUCGUAGGGAAGCUACCAGAGACAGUGAAUGGGAACUGGGGACAGUGGAGUAGCUGGUCUCACUGUUCCAGGACCUGUGGAGCCGGGGUGCAGUCUGCUGACAGGGAGUGUAACCACCCCAAACCAGAGUUUGGAGGGAGGUACUGUACUGGCGAGAGGAGGCGUUACCGUAUCUGUAACACCAAACCAUGUCAAAAGGCCAAACCCACCUUCAGAGAGAUGCUGUGUAGUGAAUUUGACACGGUACCCUACCAGAACGAACUGUACGAAUGGGUCCCUGUGGCCAGCCCAUCGAGUCCGUGCGAGCUUCACUGUCGUCCAGUGCGUGAACAUUUCUCUGAGAAAAUGCUGGAUGCUGUGACAGACGGAACUCCCUGCUUCAUGAACAACAACUCCAGAAGCAUCUGUGUCAAUGGAGUGUGCAAGGAGGUGGGCUGUGACUAUGGUAUAGACUCUAAUGCUUUAGAGGAUCAGUGUGGAGUGUGUCUGGGCGAUGGUUCAUCCUGUGAGACUGUCCAGAUGACUUUUGAUGGUGGGGAUGGCUUCGGCUAUGUGGAUGUGGGAGUGAUCCCAGAGGGGGCUCGUGACAUUGUUGUCCAGGAAGUGGAGGAGGCGGGGAACUUCCUGGCUCUGCGGGGUCAGAUGUCAGAGGAGUACUUCCUGAAUGGCCAGUACAUCAUCCAAUGGAACGGGGAGUACAAGGCAGGCGGAGCCACCUUCUACUAUGAACGCAGUGGGAACCUGGAGAAUCUUACCUCCUCUGGACCCACCAAACAACCAGUCAUGAUCCAGUUGCUGUACCAGGAGAAGAACCCAGGUAUAAAGUACGAGUACACCAUCAAGAAGAGCCGCCAGACAGGAAAUGAGUUAAUCAAAUCGGAGUACAGGUGGAGGCAUGGGGCCUGGACAGACUGCAGCACCACAUGUGGGCUAGGUGAGCAGCAGCAACCUGUCAGGUGUUUUGAGCUGGAGGUGGGUGUGGUAGAUGAGUCUCUGUGUGACCCAGAGAGCCGCCCGGAGGACAGACACCGCAAGUGCAAGAACAUGGACUGUCCCGUCAGGUGGUGGGUGGGGGGCUGGCAGCUGUGCUCUGCCACCUGUGGUUCAGGAGGGGUGAGGAAGCGCACAGUGAUGUGUGUUCGCACGGUGGCAGGGGAGGAGAGAGUCCUCCACCCUGGUGACUGUAAAGAGCUGCUCAAACCCAAACCUGUGGUGCCCUGCAACAGAGACCUGCCCUGUGGACCCGACUGGGCCGUGGGCAGCUGGAGCCCGUGCCCAGUGACAUGUGGUGGUAGCGUGCGCUCCCGGACGGUCACCUGCCUGACCGCACCCGAACGAAAGUGUGACAUAGAGACCAUGCCUCGCUCCAAGUCUCUAUGUGCCCUGCUGAGCUGCCCAAGAGCAGGCCUCCGACGACGUCCGGGACCACCCCCUAAAUACCGGCGUGUCUACCCGCCCAAGAGACACCCCACCAGGCAGCCGGUUACACACGCCUGGGGUCCCAGAAGCACCAGCCCCACCGCUACACCCAGAACCAUCACUGUGACUGAGAGAACUACAACCCCCAUCACCACCUCUACCACCAGGCCCCUUCCACCAUCCUCCACAGCUUCUGACAUCAUCGACGUAGAUGGCUAUGAGUGGAAGAAUGGGAGUGUAGAGGAUAAGAAAGUUUUUUUUAUUACGACCAGUCCUAUUGAAGAGGAGAACAGAGAGAGGGGCAUGAGAGAAAAAGAGGAAGAAGAGAUAAAGGAGGAGGGGAGUACAUCUGGUUUUGUGUUUCCAGACUCGGGGGGUGAGGUACACCCCGGGUCCCUUACCACAGUAAACAAGCACUGUACCCCACAACAGAAGGCACUUUCCACACUAGAGAUGCCCCCUACUCCACUAGCCCAUCAACAGAUGCCCCCCCACCCCACUGCGAGGAUCAUUAAGCUGAAGAAGCCCAAUGAGAUCUCAGAGAAUGGCAUCUCUGCCCCUCGUUCUAAAAAGCCAGGCUCACUGGCUAAGAAGCCUGCCUCACGUUUUAAAGGCCCCUCCCUUUGUUCAAAAGGCAAAGGUCAGAAGCAGAAACCAGAAAGUACCGUAGUGACCUUCACCAAUGACUAUGGGUCCCUGAACGCCCAGGAGCCAAUCAGCAUGGAUGUGUUCUGGGUGGUGGGCAACUGGAGCGAGUGUUCCACGUCAUGUGGCCUGGGGGCAGUGUGGAGGCCAGUGCUGUGUAGCUCCCAGCAGGAAUCGGACUGUGCCAACCUGGAGAGACCGGAACCAGCUCGCACCUGUCACCUGCGCCCCUGUGCCACCUGGCUGAGUGGCAACUGGAGCAAGUGUCCAGAGCGAUGUGAGGUGGUGGGUUGGAGGCAGCGUGAGGUGCAGUGUGUGGAUGGGCAGAAGGGACAUCCACUGAGACCGUUCCACUGCCAAGCUCUUUCCUCCAGACCCCCCAGCACCCUGUCCUGUCAUCACCAACCCUGCCAGCCCUGGAGAACUUCCCCCUGGGGACAGUGUUCUCGUAGCUGUGGUGGUGGAUUGUGGGAGCGGCUGGUGUACUGCCCUGAGCCACAGCGCUGUAGCGCCACCCAGAGACCAAACGACACAGAGACCUGCAACCUGCAGCGCUGCAGCUACUGGGACCCGCAGGACUGGGAGAAGUGCUCUGUGAGUUGUGGUGGGGGGAUGCAGCAUCGCAUGGUGCCGUGUGUCGUUGAGGACUCUAGCUCUGUGGAGAACAGUCUCUGUGACCAGAGCAACAGGCCUGACACAAUCAGGACAUGCAACUUGCAGGAGUGUAAGACUAACACAGGUCUGCUGUGUAGGAAGAACAGCAUGUCGUCUCGGUUCUGUGACAAGUUGAAGCUGCUGGGCCGCUGCUCCCUCAGGUCCAUCCAGAAACAGUGCUGUGUCACCUGUAGAGGGUAAACUCUGACCCGCACUACACCCACCACAUGGACCCCUCUCAUACAAAAUGCACACGUACAGGGCUUCCACACUGCGAUCCUAUUGGUGGAUUUCAUCUCUAGUGCAAUCAGCCGACAGCAGCCUUUUCACCAUCAUCAUCAUAAUAACCCCCACAAACUGUCGUUAUCUUCAUUGGGCAGAAAUUCAUGGAGCUAUGGUACUGUGUACUGCUGCUGUGUGCAGUUUGUCUUAGCCAGUCUUGCACCUUCCCAGCUCUUCCAGGGUAUCAGGCCUCCAGCUGCCUCUAAAGAGUUAGUUAUGUCAACUUCUCUCCAAUAUCCCACCUGCUUUCCAAUACUGAUGAAUGUCACUCAGAAUGUAUACCUGUGUAUACCUGUGUAUACCUGUGUAAUCGGCUGCCAUGUUGUUUUCUAUUCACCGUUCCCCCACCACAGAAAUGAUGAUGACAUCCGAUAACACUGUGUUUACAAUCCCCUUUCAGCUGGUUUUUGCCUCGUAUUUACAAAGACAUUAGGAUGUGAAAAUGGGUAUUUUCUGAUACUUAAUCAAUCCCCCAAACAAAUGAGUAAUGAUAAGAUAACUAUUAUGUCAUCAACAUUUUCCAUGUCACUUCUGAGCCUGGAUCGGCAAAAAUGACCAAAUACAAUAACAAAAUACCAUAAAGAUCAAUGUAUCAAAAUAAACCACAAAAUACUUGAAUUUUUAAAUGUAUUUAAUUCAAAUACAUGUAUUUUGUAUUUUAUAAUACAGAAGCACUUAGCUGGCCCGAACAGCAAAGGCAUUCUCAGUAACGGUUGCAACAGCAUUCUCAGUAACAGUUGCAACAGCAUUCUCAGAAACGUUUUACUUGCUAUAACUGUGAUAUGUUGUUGUUCAUUUGCACUGACUGUAUGUCACUCUGGAUCAGAGUGUCUGCUACAUAACCAAAAUGUAAAUGUAUAUGUAAAAAUGAACAUACCAAAAUGAACUGCAAAGCACACUGGGUAUUAUUAUUGGCCUUGUUUCAGGGUCACGUCUAGAUGGCAUACAGUUUAGCCUAAUUCUCCUAACCUGCUACGUUAAUUCUCCUAACCUGCUACAUUAAUUCUCCUAACCUGCUACGUUAAUUCUCCUAACCUGCUACGUUAAUUCUCCUAACCUGCUACGUUAAUUCUCCUAACCUGCUACGUUAAUUCUCCUAACCUGCUACGUUAAUUCUCCUAACCUGCUACGUUAAUUCUCCUAACCUGCUUGCGUAAAUUCUCCUAAACCUUCUACAAAUGUCAAUUUUGACAAAAGCUGUAUCCCUUCUAGACAAACCUUGUUUUGGGGCGGAGCUUAUUCACAUAACACUCAGCUUGCUUUGCAAUUGUCCAUUUUUACAUGCACAUUUAUAUUUAGCUAAUUUAGCAGAUGCUCUUAUCACCCCGUAGUGCCACCAGACUUCUGAUUCCAAUACAGAGUGAUAUGGGGCCACAAUGGUGAACCGCUAUAACAACAACAACUAAAUAUUUUGAAAAUACAAAUGACAGCUUUCAAAAGGAUCUUGAUAAAAACAGAUUGGAGUGUAGUUCAGUCCAGUGUAAUACAAAUUACACAAUACUCAGAAGUAUUUUAAAUACUUCACAUCUCUGCUUCUAAGAAAAUACUGGGUAAAUAGUAGACUAUACAAUAAAGAUGAAUGUUUUUGUCUAGUGUUUUUUUAAAUGUGUUAUUGUGGGUUUUUCAGUGUUAUUUCUCUCGUUCUAAGAGCUCUCCGGCGUACUGUAGCUCUGAAAAGAGAUUUACCUGAGGCAUAGAUCCGGGAUCAGUUUACGCUCCCCAAAUCCUAACUUUAACCAUGAGGGGAAAACAUAAAACUGACCCUAGAUUAGUGUCUCUGGGUAACGUCAUACUACUCUAGUGCUGUAUAUCUAUCCUGUGGUGCCCCUCCCCUUUAUUAGGCUGGCCAAUGAGAAUGAGUUGUUGCAGGUCAUCCCUCUCAGGCCUCAGUUAAGAUUGCCGAUGUGUUUAUAUGAUAUUGUACAGGUGCUAUUAUCUUUAUACAAACCUUUAGCAAUAAAUGCAAUGAUGAAAUAAG